AUGUUACCGACAAACGAUGACAUAGGGACCAUGGAUAGUAGUGCUACGCCUGAUAUACAAGCCAAGAGCUUAGAGCAUAGGGAACUGAUGAGUCCCGUGUCCAACUCAGAUUCGGAUCCGCAAACAGUUACAAAGCCCAAAAGAAAGAGGAGGAAGGGCAACAACUGGACUCACAAAAAGCACACUCUACGGUCACCAGCUCUAACUUCUGAUGUCUCUCCAACUGCAUCUCCGGAAAUUAAGCAAGAAGGAGAUACGGAUACCAAGAGAUUGGAAGAAAAAGACCCAGAGGUAGUGCGGGAUAUGUACAAUGAUUCGAUUAUGGAUUUUCGUCGAGCCGCCGUGGAGCAAGAUUUUGGCCUUCGGCCUGAUCUAGGUAUAACGGAUAGGCCUAAAGUUCCUAUCAAGAGCAUUGAAGAGACCGGAUCUAUGUUAUCUGAAAAGAGCCCAUUACCAGUUUCGACCGAACCCCCCCGAAUAGCGCCCAGAAAAGAAGUUUGCUCAAUCUUGCCUACUCCAGAAACUCCAAAACAAGAUCACUCCCCAGCUACUUCUUCUACAGACCAUCGUAAAGAAAUCAUCUCCUCCCUAAGCGACGAUCCGACCCGUACAAGUGACGGAAGCCCUAUUAUUCCUCCCCACUUUCCACCUAAUCCUGAUUCUCGGUCUGAUCGAGCAGGCGACCUCCUCUGGCUUCAGGCUUGCAUGCAAGUCCAACGCCCCGAUGGAACCGUCCAUGCGCCCGAAGUCAUUGUGUGGCUCAUGACUAGAAAGGGAGGGAAAAAGAGCUCUUGGCCAAGACUUAAGGCGGGCCUGGCAGAAGUCAAGAUGAUGGGAAAGGUUAAAAUUGACCCCGCCGACAUUUUGCGUCGACAAGAGGAAGAGGAUGCGAUUGCCAGAGCCAAAGAGGAGCGCCGCCUGGCCAACAAGCUUCGAUACAGACCUCGUGGCCAGAUCGACAGAGAAAGAGCUGAUCGACGGGCAGCCCUGGCUUCUCAAAAGGCACAGGAAUCGGAAAGAGGUGGCACGGAUGAUACCUACCAGGAGGACCACGUGGAUGAUCCCAAGGACAACCGAGCACAGAACGCAAACAUGAACGAGAUAUAG